UCUCUGCUUUCUCAAAAGGUUACUCCAAAAGGGGACUGCAAGGUCAAGAUGGCAUGGGGAGGCUUUGGCGUCCAAAGCAGUUUUAUUUUGGCAAGUCAGCCGAAGGAGCACGUGCGUCUAAAAUUAGGCAAGACUGUGCACCGCACACGAGUUCACACGCUCGAAACUCCUGUGGGCAGGGCCCACACGGCUCUCCUGUGUCUGCUCAAGGUACAAUCCGUUCAUACCUUUGGAACAUUCCUCAGCUUUUAUUUAAUGUAGGAAGACUCAUUUCUGGAAUUAGCAUAUAAAUUGGCAGGAGUCAGCAGCUCUGGCAGAAGGCGCUCCGUGUCAGGCCGGGAGAGCGGAGCCUGUGCGUGGAUGGGGUAUCCACUCCCUGGCACCCUUUUCCCCCUCCCGGGGCAAAUCCAUGCUCCAUUCAAAACACUCCAGACUUCUUCCCAAAAUGGGCAACUGUGUCCCUUCGGCGGUGGCUGUAAGGGGAGAGGGGUCGUGGCCAGGGACGGGGUGCUGAGGAGAGCAUGGGAAAUCUUUCCGGCCAAAUGGCUUGCUCCGGGAAAGUUUUCCCACAGGAGCGGCCCCACGGCCUGCCUCCCAGCACAAGGUCGCCGAAGCGGAGACAGAGAAACGUUGGUUGCCCUAAGCUGUCUUGUCUGGUCUGGUCGGGGGUAGGUAUUUUACACAUUUUAUAGCCCUAUUAGUUUUAGGUCUUUUGGAUAGGGGUGACCAGUUGAUCAUUAACUGUUUGCUACGUGUGGCAUUCCAAAUUCUGGCCCCAGAUAGCUCAACCCAGCGUGCUGGUUCCGCCUGGCCAUUAGGCCAUGGCUGGGUAGGCCGCCUUCCCCAGCGGGUGGGGCGAAUUCCCCUGAUGCCAGGGCUUGGGCCCUCGUGGAGGCCUCCCUGGCUCCCUUGGGCUCAGGCGUGAACCCUUUAUUAUACUUCUGGCGGUUCAGUCCGCCCGUGGACCCUCCACCGUGGUGUCUUCCCAAGACUGGGCAUUUGCCCCAAAAAGGCACAGAUGAUUAGAUUCUGACAUCCCUAUUCGGCGUGUUUCCCCCAGAAUAAAAUAGCAAUAAGGCCGGGUGCGGUGGCUCACACCUGUAAUCCCAGCACUUUGGGAGGCUGAGGCAGGUGGAUCGCCAAGUCCGGAGAUCGAGACCAUCCUGGCUAACACGGUGAAACCCUGUCUCUACCACAAAUACAAAAACUUAGCCAGGUAUGGUGGUGCGCCUGUAAUCCCAGCUACUUGAGAGGCUGAGGCAGGAGAAUCGCUUGAACCUGGGAGGUGGAGGUUGCAGUGAGCCAAGAUCCAAAGUCCCAGGCCUGGCCAGGUCACUGUCCUGCCCUCAGUAGCUUCCAGAAAUGUCAUUGUCUCGCAGAAUCCAAGGCGAUGGCAAGGCAGUAAAACCCAGCGUGCCUUCGGUGUGUGGCUUCCGGGUCUCACCCCUGCUGGCUCACCUCACCACCCAGUCCUCUCAGACCUCUCAGGCCACCUGUUCUCCUGCCGCACCCCCAGCGCGGUGCUGUCUCCCUUUAUGUCUCCUCUCCUCCUGGGGCACCUCCAAAUGGUCAGUGUUGUCACUCACCCUGGGCUUAGAACUGUCUGUGGCUCUUCAGGAUUCUAUCCAAGAGCAAAGUCCCAACCCCUGGUGUGAUCUAGAACGCCCCAAGAAGGCCGGCCCCUCCUUUCCCAAGCCUGUGCUCAGGGUGGCCCUGAGAACCUCCCGCGGCUGGCUCCCUGGACGUGGCAGCGCUGUCUCCUUCUGUGCUUGUCCACUGCUGUUCCCUCUGCUGUCCCCUCGUCCCCACCUGGCCUCGUCAGGAAGCCUCCCCUGUGCCCGUCUGGGUUCUGGUGCCGCAUUCACCACGAGUUAUUCCCUUUCUGUGUCUCAUUUUCUCCCGGUCUCCUUCCACCUCCCUGCGUUCUGUGGCCAGAGGCAGCUCUGAGCACUGUGGCUGAGGGACGGACCGACCAGUGUGUGGGGGGGUAGGUGAGGGGUGUGCAGUUUUAUAGCUCGGCCCGGAGCACGGGUGGCGGAGCCACACAGACCUGGGCUCUAGCCCAGCCCCAGCAGCUGUGUGACCUGAGCAAGUUACCUAACCUCUCUGAGCCCAGUUUUCUCACCAGAGGAAACAGGCUAUGCGAUGGCACUUCCAGAAGGUCAGGGAACCUGUGGCCUGGCCCUCACUUGGAAGUGCUGUGAUGGGUUUUGAAUAUUGCCAGGGCCGAGGGGUGAGGACGUUGUCCCUGUCUGCAUGAGGAUGGCUUUGGUGUGUGGAGCAAAAAGACAAGCUGGCGCCGGGCGUAGGGGUUGGGGGUGUCACGGGGGGUGCUUUUGUGCUCCUGCCUCUCAGAGCGCGAGAGCCCAGUCCUCACACAGGAAGGAGAAGGACCCAUGCCAGCUGCCGGCUUCAUGUCCAGCUCUGCUUCCCUCUUUCGUGGGGACCCAGGGCCACAUCAUUCACAUGGGGGUGGUUUCUAGGCUCUUGGUGAUCUCUUGGGAGCUACCCUUGGUGAUGUUGAGCCGAUACAGGGGGCUUCUGGGGCCUGAGGCCAGGUGGUCACUGGGCCCCUGCCCCUUGGCCCCUUUGUGAGCCCAGCAAAAACUGCACCUUUGACGUGUGACCUCCAGCUCCUCGGGAACCUCUGGCCACUCUUCCAGAAGUCCCUCUACUUGUCCAUGUGGCCUCUAUCAAGAGCUCCUGGUGCUGAGAUGGAUGGAUCAUUUCCUUCUGCCUGCACCAGACUUUGCUUAGGAGAGAAAAUGCUGGAAAGAAAAAGACUUGUCUCACCUUCAGCCUUAAAAUAGGCUUUAUUAUGAAUGAAGCCAACUCCCCUGCAGGGCAGUGGCUCUGUGACCAGCCUGGCCUGGGAACGUUCAGCUCCAGGUGACCAGCUCUGUCCUGCAGUGACCAAAGCUUGGAGCGGCUGGUGACAGGACCACGAGCGUGUAGGCUGGGUUGGGAGAGAAUGGGGGUGGCGAUCCCUCGUGUUUGGAGCAGUCGCUGGGGGCCUGAGCCAGGGGUGUUAUCUUAUUAACAUACAUUUCUUGUUUGGUCACAGCCAGCCAAACACCCCAGGGUGCCCCCCAGCCCCGCUGGACGCCUGUCCCCCGGCCUCAUCAUUCAUAGCCCCCGGAAGGUGAAACCCUCCGAGUGCCCUGUGGAGCUGAUAAGGAGCGUGUUUUCGUUGUGUGUAGUCCUCUGACGAGCCCGCUGGAAUAUCCGUAUUAUGUGGGUGAGCAAACUGUGGGUCAGGGAGACGGAGGGACUGCCCCAAGGUCAGCAGCUCGGAGGCAGGGCUGGCUUCCAUGAUUGAUAAUCUCGGAGGUGGGAUUUAGAGCCCUCUAAUCCCACCCUCUAUCCUCUAAUCCUUCCCAAGCACCAGAAGGCCACGGAGUACAUCUGCGGUGUCAGGGAGGGUGGUGGGAAGGCAGGGCGGGGGUCCCUGCAGAGGCCUGACCUUCCCAGGACCCCUCACCAGCGGUCAGCAGUCGGGGUCCCGGGAAGAAUUCUGCCGAGAGAGGGCUUUUUCCCCUUCAGGGAAUAAAAAGCACACACACGCAUUCCUCUGAAUCAAAGGUGUGUCCAGCGAGAGGGAGGGCAAGGCCCCUUGACCGGCAGCUGCCAGCAGCCUGGGCACAUGACAGCCCCGCAGGCUGCUGGCACCGACUCCAGCCGGGCAUUUGCAGUGGACGGCAGUGCCAGGAGAGGGAGGGUGGCCUUUCACCAGCUUGGCACCUCUGCCAUGUGACGGCCACCUCCCCUGGAGGAGGGCCAAGCCACUCUUCUCCAGGCAGGUGGGUGCAGCCCCGGGGGUGCGGCAGGCCACUGAAGGUCCAGCUCCAGCACUGGCUUCUGUGCCCUGGCCAUUCCUGGGAGGCGUGUGGGUCGGAAACUCACACUCUGUCACUCUUGGGAGAUAGGAACUCAUUCCCGUUCAUACCCCAACUGUGUGAUCCCAGCAAAACCUGCACCUUUGACACAUGACCUCCAGCUCCUUGGGAACCUACGGUCGCUCUUCCAGAAGUCCCUCUACCUGGUCAUGUGGCCUCUACCAAGAGCUCCUGGUGCUGAGACAGACGGAUCAUGAUUUCCUUCUGCCUGCACUAGACUUUGCUUAGGAGAGAAAAUCGCGGCUGCCCCUAAAAGGAGGCGCUGUCACUCUCCACUCCCCAGAGAAAGCAGCCUGCAUCAUGGCACGGGGCUUCGCCUCCCCGACAUCACUUGAGGGGCCGUUUCCUCGUUGGGUUCCAGCGCAGGGCUGUGAUCUGGAGUCUGGGCCUUGCUGGCUGGGACUCCCGGGGCAAAGGUGGCUGCGGUGUGUGUUCUGGCUCCUUCAGUACUAAUGAAAGAAACGAGCCGGCUCUGUAGGUUGGGAGGUUUCCCGUGGCUGCCGUAACAAAAGAUCACGAAGUGGUGGGACUGAACACCAUGGAAAUGUGUUCUUCUCUCCCAGUGCUGGGGCUGAGGCCCGAUAUCUAGACGCAGGCUCCAGGGAGGGCCCCCAGCCUCUUCCUGCCCUGCUGCUGCCAGGUGCCCCGUGGCUCGUGGCUGCGCCACUCCCACCCCCGCCUCGUUUUCACGUGGCCCUACCUCUUCUCCCUGUGCCUGUCUUCUGAGCCCUUGGGAGGAGGCUGGCACUGGAUUUAGGCUCCUCCAGGAUGAUCUCACCUCAAGGUCUUUAACUGCAUCUGCAGUGGCCUUUUUCCAAAUAGGGCCACAUUUGGUUAGGACUUGGACAGUCUUUCUGAGGGCCACCGUACAACCCGCGCUAUGGGAGAUGUCAUGAAUUCAUCUCCGUUUCCAGAGGCCCUGGUGUUGCUUGGCCGGCCCCCUCCAGCAGUGACCGGACGGAGCUGAGUAGCGGAAGCUUUAGGUGAGGCGCGCCCUCACGUGUCUGCCACAGCAUACCCCACCCCGACCCCCGACUCUGCCUGGGACCCCUGAUCUGGUCUUCCCGGAUACAUUUCACAGCCAGCUAAACUGAGGUAGCUCAGGGCGAGUUAUUGCCAGGCCCAGGCUGUCCAGGGCACCCGGCCCGUGAGGCAAACCCCAACGUGGCCCUCACUUUACCAAGGAGAAGCUGGGCUUCCUCAGGGACCACAGCCAGCUUCCUCGUCACAUGGAAGCCACCUGGGGCCUUUCCAGGGUGUUCUCUCUGCUCCCUGUCCCCAAGGGCGGCUAUGUCAGGUGGGGAUGAAUCAGAAUGAUCAAAUACGGCCUCGUCUUUUGGAAGGAGUAGCUGUUUAUUGUUGAUCCUGAGGAUCGGGGGUUUUUCCUCUGUAAAGCUGAGCGGUGUCUCCUGGUGUAGCCCUAGGCAUUGUUACUUUGAAAGCUGAGAGAGAGAAUGUGAAAGCAUUUUGGAGCCCGGAGAGACCAGGAUGGAAGGAAGAGUCCAUGGUGAUCGCCAGGACCAUGCGGUGUCCCCUCCUGAGCUGCGUGGGGUGGUUAGGACAGGAGGUUACUGUGACAGUAAUCAGGGAGAGUGCAGCAUCCCCUCCUGAGCUGCGUGGGGUGGUCAGGAUGGGAGGGACACACUGUGACAGUAAUCAGGGAGAGUGCGGCGUCCCCUCCUGAGCUGCAGGGAGUGGUCAGGACGGAAGGGAGACUGGGGUGGUCCUUGAGAGAGUGCAGUGUCCCCUCCUGAGCCAUGUGGGGUGGUUAGGACGGGAGGGAGAUUGGGGUGGUCCUGGGGAGAGUACAGCAUCCCCUCUCCUGAGCCGUGUGGGGUGGUCAGGACGGGAGGGAGACUGGGGUGGUCCUGGGGAGAGUGCAGCAUCCCCCUCCUGAGCCGUGUUGGGUGGUUAGGACGGGAGGGAGAUUGGGGUGGUCCUCGGGAGAGUGUAGCGUCCCCCCUCCUGAGCCGUGUGGGGUGGUUAGGACGGGAGGGAGACUGGGGUGGUCCUUGGGGAGAGUGCAGCGUCCCCCCUCCUGAGCCGUGUGGGGUGGUUAGGACGGGAGGGAGACUGGGGUGGUCCUUGGGGAGAGUGCAGCGUCCCCCCUCCUGAGCCGUGUGGGGUGGUUAGGACGGGAGGGAGACUGGGGUGGUCCUGGGGAGAGUGCAGCAUCCACUCCUGAGCUGUGUGGGGUGGUCAGGUCGGGAGGGAGACACUGUGGCGGUCAUCAGGACAGUGCAGUGUUAUCCUCCUGAGCUGCACAGGGAGUGUCCUUAGAAACUUCAGGAACUCAUUCCCUGGAGUUUCCCUGUUCUUUGCACCCACGCUGUGCUCAGCCCUGAGCUAGGCUCUGGGGAAGGUCAGAGAGAAGGGCCUCUGUCUCUGUCCCUCUGGGUGUCACUCCGGGAGCUGGUUCUUGAGCAUCGCAGGAGUGUCUGCCCCGUGCUGUCCGAGUGGCUGGGCGUAGGUGGUGGGUGUGCGGGGCAUGAAGGGUACUCGGCUCAGGCUGUCGGGGAUAGCUGAGUGCAGGACCUGGGGCCACAGUGAGUCCAGGAUGGAGGGUGCCUUGUGGGGAGACCAUGGGGCACCCGGGGAGGAGCUACUGUCACACGGGAGCGUAUGAAUAAAUUAGGGGUCGUUGCUGUCAUGAUCUACCACUGAGUGCGUGACUCAGUUCUGGCAGUGAGAUCUGAGAAGAAGAGUGGGUCUUCUAGGAAGUCUCCUUCCAGGGAAUAGGCAUACCAUCUUUCUCCUUUCCACAUUCCUUGCAGCUUGGAAUGUGGAUGUGAUGGCUGGAGCUCUUGUAGCCAUCUUAGACUAUGAGGUUGAGAGCCAUGCCCUGGGGGUCGUGAGUUAGUUGGAAGGAAGCCUGGAUCCUGCUGACUUCUUGGCGCCUCGGACUGCCUAUUCCUGGACUUCUUUUACGUGACAGGAAAGUUACCUGUGGUCACAUUUGAUCCCAACUGAUACAUUUGGCAAAGGCUCCUGUCUCUCAGAACGGUCUUGCUCUGUUGCCCAGGCUGGAGUGCUGUGGUGCAAUCUCGGUUCACUGCAACCUCUGCCUCACUGGUUGAAGCCAUUCUCCUUCCUUAACCUCCUGAGUCGCUGGGACUACAGGCCACCACGCUUGGUGACCCAGGGGGCUGUAAUGCGGAGUCUCCAGAACAGCAUCAACUCCUCAUGAUGAUCCUGACAGUGGUGGACAGACUCUGUGUGCCCCAGUGAGGUUGUGAGUCACACACAUCCCUGUCCACGGCACCUGGCACACAGCAGAUGCUCAGUGGCCUCCCCGCCCUGAUGCAGGCGGCCGUCCUUGCCGAGAGUCUUCUGGGUGCCUGGAACUGUGAAAUCCUGGGGGCCUCGGGCAGAGUUCGAGUUCUAGAAACACAUGGAAGAGCGCAGAGGAUGUCGGUGCUAUGAAAAUAACAAACGAAAACCAAGCAAGGCACGGAAGCCGCGGGGUGCGCCUGGUGGUCCCUGGGGAAGGGCGUUCAGCGGCGGUCCUGCGUUAGAGUCAAGUCCAGCUCGUCUCUGUGACAUCGGGGCAGGGAUUUCCCCUGCAGAACACUCAUCCCCAGCCGUGCUUGCAGAAGCUGGGGAGGGAUUAUUAUCCCCUCACCUUUUUUUUUUUUUUUUCGAGACAGGGUCUUUCCCUGUUGCCCAGGCUGGAGUGCAGUGGCUCGGUCAUGGCUCACUCAAGCUCUGCCUCUCAGGUUCGAGCAAGCCUCCCGCCUCAGCCUCCUAGCUAGCUGGGACUACAGGUGUAGGCCACCACACCCAGCUAGUUUUUGUAUUUUUUUUUUUUUUUAGAGCUGGAGUUUUAUCUUGUUGCCCAGGUUGGCCUGGAACUCCUGAACCUUCUCACCUCAGCCUCCCAAAGUGCUGGGAUUAUUUUCCACUUUUACAAAUGAGGAAACUGAGGCCCAGUGAUGAUUCAGUGGAGAUCAGCUUGCCUGGGGCUCAUGGGAAGCUGCUCAUGGGGUUCUUGGGGCUCUGUCCCUGGCUGUCACCUGUACUGAGGGCUGGUCCGGGGUGGAGACCAGGCUUUGGGGACAAGCACUUGCGCCUCCUCGUUGCUUCCACCCCAGGCCCUCCCCAUGGAGCUCACCUGUGGAGAGGGUUUCCUCUGCCAGGCAUUUCGACAGGAGACCACGAGGGAAGGAGCGUCACUGCUGUAUCAACGUUGAACGUUUGGGUGCAGGAAGAUGCCUUGGCUGUUUGAGGUCCUGACUUCAAACAGUAACUUGCAUCCCCUGAUCCAUCCUCAGAGGCCCAGGGCUGGGAGUCCCCACCGCUCAGCUCCAUGCAUUCCCAUUGGCGGGGUCUGGGUCUGUGCCCAUGGGUCCCUCGUCAUGCUUAUCCCGGAUUAUAUUCAUAGGUGAAUGAUUCAGGGGGGAUGUGACGGGGAAUCACAGGAGGGAGGAGCAGGGAGGGCAAGAUAAAGGGGAGCAGGCUGGGAAGGGGGUGACUCUAGGCACAGCCGCAAGUCCCUGGUAUUUUCAGGGGGAGCUCUGGGGGCUCACAGUGGCCUCUAGUUUGUCCUGGCCCAAAGCGGGGACCUGGGCUAUGUCCUGCCCAGGUAUGCCUUAGGUUAAGGGCUGCCUGUGGGAGGGAACUUCUCGGGCCUUUGGGUCUGUGCAUUGGGGUGACUCCGGUGACCCAGGAGGCCCUGGAGAAGAGUCGCAGUGGAAGCCAAAAUGCAGGGUAGUGGCAGGUGAGGCACAGGAGCUGGUGGAGGCUCUGGGCACAGGUCUCGGCCACAGCCACAGGCCGCUGAUGGUGGGAGGACUUGAGGAGUUUCCCCGAGAUGGGAGGUUUCCCAGUACCCAUGCUGCAGUGCCCCUGUGUCUAUGGCGUGCUCACGGUCACUCGUGUUUCCCUGCGGCCCCCUCCACGUUAUCCAGCAAGCAGCCUGCUCUCAGGAGCAGCUGGGCCUGGAUGCCCCAGGAGGAGGCUGCCCCCUUCCUCUUGCAAAGGGCACACCGUCCUCGUCCUUGCUGCCUCCCAGAGGCCCAGGGACGUCUGGGGGUGGGGGCCUCCUUGACCCCUGCAUGCAGACGCCAGGUGACUGGGGCGUGGUUAACUGUGUGUGUGUCCAACUGGGAGCUUGGCAAACAGAGAGUUUUGUCCAAGGCCACCUCGUCCCCACUUGUCCAGGUUUGGAGGGGCCCUGCCUCAUAUGGCCUGAGCUGAGUGAACACCUCUGGCCUGAGCAGACGGCCCUGGCUCCCCCAGGACACGUCACCUGGAGAGGUGGCCCUCUCAGGUAAGGGACAUGCCCGCUGACAGCAGCCUCUGCCCCCUCCCUGCGUGCACAGCUGCUCCCGUCUGGGGACCCUCACCCCACGGGCAAAUGGGCUUCCACAGGAAGUCGGGAGGACUUUCCUUGGCCUUCUGGAAGGCCUGGUCCAGCAAAUGCUCUAUUGGAUGACUCACUUCAUGGUGGGGUCCAUAGAGCUGACUCCCCACCUACCUUUGAAGUGAUCUUCAGACCUGUGUGCGUGGAAAAUAAGCCCAGAGCUGUGUUCCCUGAGAGAGUGGCCUUUGACAGAGGUACUGGGCAGGCUGGCAGGUGAGGGGACACCACAGAGUGAGGAGGGUCCAGCCAGGCACGCUUCCCACACGGCCUCUGCCAGUCCUUGCGGGGCUCCAGGGUGGCUGGAGGAAGGCAGCUUAGACGGGACCCAGCCUGUGUGAGUGAGAUUGAGCUCUGCUUCCCGUUUGAACCUUCUGGAAAGGCUUGGCAGGGAGGACACUCAUUUUGUAGACAGGGAAGAAACUGAAGACUGGCUUCCGGUAACUGGUGAUGGGUCCCAGAGCCCUGCAGCCAGGAGGCCACCACUGCUGCUCUCUAGCUCAGGCUGGACAUUUCCUGGUGAGAACUGGCUGCACUCCCAGGACCCAGCCGCCAGAGACCUCUGUUCCUCAUGCUUAUCCCCCUAGCUCCAACGGGGGCCCCUUUGCUCUACGGGAUGUGGGCUUGGACUUAGAGGGGGCAAUGCUGGCAGUUUCUCUCUCACCCACAGAAACUCGGCUGUGAGAGGCCAGAGGUGGACUUCAGGGGCAGAACCUGUAGAGGUCAAGGUGUCCUUAUUGUGUGUGCAUGCAUGUGAGUUUGUACAUGCAUGUGCAUAUGUGUGUGUGUGCGUGUGUGGCAGGAGGAGAAGGCUGGGCAGACACUGUUAUUUCAGAAAUGAGGCAGAGGGCUUUCUGCGGGCACCCGCUGAGGAGAGCCCGGGGCCAGGGUCUCUGUGCGCAGGCGCUGGGCUUGGCCCCUGAGAAACGCUCUCUUCCCCCCCAGUCCUUCAAAGCAGGAGGUAUUUGCCUCACUUUCCAACGCAGAAUCUGCGGCUCUGAGAGGUUGUGCAGCUUGCCGGAGGCCACUCAGCUAGUGGAAGGCGGGACUGGUGUCAGGCCCAGGGUGACCGGGGGGAUGUGAGGGGACCCCAGGCCUGUGUGCUCCAGCUUGGGGCUAUGGGUUCCAUCUCAGGCUUCUUAGUAGGGGGUGGUGGGGGUGAGCUGGAGGGAGGUGCUGUCUGGAGCCCACUGGUCCCCUUCCUGGGGUGAAGCAGGUUUCCCGUGCUGACCCCCUGCCAUCAGAGGCCCGGGGCGCCAACCCUGUGCUGCUGAGCUGUGUUUGGGGCUGUGGCCGCCUGUCCUCAUCUUCUCCCCCUCUCUCCUUGGCUUUUCAUGCACAGGCUCCAUCCUCCUUCCCUGCGGUGGCCCCAGCCUCCCCGCCAAGCUUCCCGGCCCCCGCCCCAUCCUGGGCCUGCUGCUGCGGAGACCGUGGGCUGGCGCUGGACGGCGCGGCCUCCAGAAGUGAUAGCUAAUUGGGGAGAGAAAGGGCCCAAUUGUCUGGCGGGGCCGGAAGAGCCGCGUGGGCUGCUGAAAGCGCCGGGAGGAGGUGGCCGCUUCGCCCAGCAGCUGCCGCCGGGGAUGUUUGCAGAUUACGUCAGUGCUGGCGAGCAGGGGGCGCAGGGACAGCGAGGGGGGCGGGCUCCCGGCGGCCUCCCGCCCCCCAGGCCCCUGGACAAUGCCGUCAUUGUCGGCACAGAAAGUGGUUAAUUCUGCAUGAAUGGUACACGGGCCUCUUGACCAAGGAGGCCGCUUGCCGCCCCCGUCUGUCCCCUCACAUGCCAGGGAGGCCUCGGGCUGGAGUCUGGCAGGCAGGGCUGGCCUGCUUGGUGGCACCGGAGAGAAGUGGCGGUCCCUUGGGGGCGCCAGCUGCAGAGGUCCCCGGCUGGACGGAGCUUCCUGACCCGGGGCUGCACGGCGGCCACUUGGCAGUGCCGGGUUUGGACCGCAGGGCCCCACCUCAUCUUGGUUCGAGGGCAGAGGCCUCUGCUGCUUUGUGGGGCUGACCUUGGGCAUGACUUCCCGGCCAGGUGGCAGCUGGGGCCUUGACCCACUCCUGGCCCUGCUGGUGGUGAUCCUGCUAGCACGUCUCAUCCUGUGGUCCUGCCUCGGGACCUACAUUGACCAUAGACUGGUCCAGCGGCAGCCCCGGAGACCCAAACAGGACUAGGCCUUGGCAAGCCGUGGCCUCCACGUGCCCUGCACUCAGCAGACCCUUCCGGUCUGCUGGUUCUCAUUACAGGGGAGCAGGGCAGGCUCAUGAUCCCCACGUCCCAUCCCCUGGGGCAGGAGCUCAAUGAGGCCUGAGAUGGACCGUGCCUGUCCAGACUGACCAGGGCUGUCCCGUAGAGGCGGCCAGGCACGUGGUGAGAUGGAAGAGCCAGCCUUGCGGGUCCCUUAGCAGGUUCUGGGGUCCCCGGUUGCAGGGGGUAGUCCUGGGGGUGGGUCUCGCUUUAAGAUCUUCUCUGCCUCCAAUUCCUUAUAAAUAUGCCUGCAGGAGUUGCUGGGUGAGCCAGGGGACUCAGGUAGAGGGGCCACAAAGACGAAGGUGGAGGGCCAAAGCCAGCCCUGCGGCCCAAGGCCACGUCCUGCCCCAGAUCACCACCGUCAUGACCACUCUCCUCCUGCCUCCCGAGGGACAAGACAAGUGCGGGUGGCUGUGAUGGUGUCCCCAGAGCGGACCCCUGGGAGGGUCUCAAGACACUCGUGUGAGGCUGAGUUCAAGUCUGGCUCUGGUUGACGCUCUGCACACUCUCUAACAGUCCAAAGCUCAGUGAGGACACAACGAUCCCUGCCUCCCUCACUCAGCAGGACAUCACGUGUGGGAUGCUUUAGGGGACAAGCCUAGGGACCGGCCAAUGCCCUCUGUUCAUCUGUCCCUGCACACGUGUGGAUGGGGGGGUACCAGGAAGGCCGACGGUGUGGGGAGGUUGAUUUGAGGCCAAGCACCCGUGCCCCUGCCCCCACCUCCCCAGCACAUUAGCUGUGAUGCAAGCAACUUAACCCACAGCUUGCAGAAGCGCCGUGGUUCUCCUGCUGGCUCCACAUUACAGCCUCUGGCGGGGAGUUCAGCAAACACCCAUGUCCCGGCUCCACACUGUAUUUCCUGGGAUCGUUCCAGCAGAUUCUGGAUUGCGGCAAGGGCUGCUGACUUCGCGUGGAACAGUGAGAUGGAAAGGACCACGGUCAGCAGCUCCAGGGAGGAACAUCGAACCAGAUACCGAUCCUGGGAGGCGGGGCCUGGUGAUGCGGCUGCCUCUUGCUCCCUGCUCGGUGUCGGGCAUGCUGGGGAGGCUCCCUCUGGGAAUGUGGGCCGAGUCUUCUGAGCACGAAGCUCACACAGGGCGUGAUUCCUGUGAAUUCUGAAAGGCCCUGGGAGCAUCCAGCAAGAGCAGGAGCUUAGGUGGUGAUUCCAGGGCUGGUGUUGCUGACUGGGAUGAAUGCCCCCCCCGGGGUGGGCAUGGUGCUGGCCACUGGCUGGGAGCCUCUGCCUUGCUGUAUCCUGGCUGAAUGACCCCAGGGGAGGGCCGGAAACGCCCUUAUCACUGUUUCUGUGGCAGCUGAUGCACUCACCUAUGCCAAGGAAAUUUCUUUUUGGCUUCUGCAGGACCCGCUGUGCACAGGUCCUCUGUUCAAGAGAACUGCAGAGAUGGGGCUGCUGGCGAGCAGGAGCUGAGACUGGCUGGGGUGGGACCGACCAAGAGUUUGAGGGUGGGGUGGUGUCCAGGGGCCAUGUGAGGAUGACCUAUCGCAGAGGGUCCCUUGUCGUUCACACCCUGAAGUCUGCACAGGGGCAGGGGCUACUGUGCUCCAUUUCCAUUUGGCCUCUGUCGUGUCAGCCGGAGGCCAGCUGAACUCUAUGGCCACUCCCCUGCGUCACAGACAAUUCGCUGCCACCACUGCGGCCCAGGGCUCUGCCUGGAUAUUCCCUCCUGAUCGCAGGACUGCGGGGAGAGAUGAACUCAUUGAUGUAAGGAAAGUACCAUUCCAGCUUGAGAAGCACUAUCUUGUGCAUUUUAUGGAUCUCUUCAGGGAAGAAAAACCGCCUUCGUUGUCAUGAGCAUGUACCGAUGGAGCUGGGAUGGCCAGCUGUUCUGGGUGGCCCAAGGCUGUCUUGGUUUUGAAAUGGAAAGUCCCAGGUCCUGGGAAACCCCGUAAUCCUGGUCACAUGGGAUGGAGGGAGUUAGGAGUUCAUACGAUGUGCUCGUGCCUUGCCAGUUGUCGAGUUUUGUGUAAACCUGUGUGUGGCCUGCGUGUCCACAGGGGUGUGUACGAUGGCACCGACACACAUAUCUCAGGCCACCUCUUGAUCCAGUUAGCCAGAAUCCUGGGACUUCUUUUUUUUUUUUGAGUUGGAAUCUAACUCUGUUGCCCAGGCUGGAGUGCAGUGGCAUGAUCUGGGCUCACUGCAACCUCUGCCUCCUGGGCUCAAGCUGUUCUCCUUCCUCAGCCUCCUGAGUAGUUGGGACUACAGGCAUGUGCCACCACGCCCUGAUGAUUUUUGUAUUUUUUAGUAGAGAUGGGAUUUCACCAUGUUGGCCAGGCUGGUCUCGAACUCCUGACCUCAAGUGAUCUGCUUGCCUCGGCCUCCCAGUAUGCUGGGGUUAUAGGCAUGAGCCACUGCACCUGACCUUGGACUCCUGGGACUUCUGUUGGAGCCAGGGGUCAGGACAGAGUCCUCUACUGGGGCUGUCUGGCAGGGGACAGAAGCGGACCCCCAAGAACACAGUGACCCAGAAAGAUGGCGGAAGGGAGGAUUCUGCCAACCUUCUCUGACUCCCUAUCUCAGUUACACUGGUCCAUAAUUUCUUUUUUUUUUUUUUAACCAGUUUUUUUUGUUGUUGUUAUUGUGGUAAAAUAUACAUAGCAUAAUAUUUAUGAUUUUUUUCUUCAAAAAUUUAUAUUAUAUUUUAGGCUUUGGGGUACAUGUGAAGAACAUGCAAGAUUGUUGCAUAGGUACACACAUGGCAGUGUGAUGUGCUGCCUUCCUCCCCGUCAUCUAUAUCUGGCCCAUAAUUUAUUUUCCUUUUCUUUCUUUCUUUUUUUUUUUUUUUUAAGACAGGGUUUCACCAUGUUGGCCAGGCUGGUCUUGAACUCCUGACCUCAGGUGAUCUGCCCGCCUCGGCCUCCCAAAGUGCUGAGAUUACAAGCAUAAGCCACCGCACCCGGCCUCUUUUUCUUAAGCCAGUUUCAUUGGUUUCUGUUCCUGGAAACACACAAUUCUGACAAAUUCUUAUAUUCUGCAUCCAGGGGUCAGCAUCUCCAGCCUCGUGAUUUGAAGUUCCUGGCUCAAAACAGGCACUCAGGCCAUGGCGACUGAAUGAACAAGGGGGAGGGUUUGCGCUGGCUGCAUCUGGGUACCAGACAGGUAGACAAACAGUGGCUUAAAAAAGAGGAGCUUUAACAACAUUCUGUUUUUCUUUCUUCAUGGAGCAAGAAGCCUGGCAUUCGGCAUUCCCGGGCUGCGGCCUGGCAGCUUCACGAUGUUAUCAGGGUCUCAGACCCUGCCAGUUCUGCUCUGCCAUCCUCAGCACGUAGCUUUGACCUUCAUGGUUGCAAGGAAACUGCUGCUGCUCCAGGCAUCUGACAUGAGUUCCAGGCAGGAAGAGAAAGGAAUGCAACCCAGAUACCCUUAGUUUUCCAUCUCAUAAGCCAGAAUGAUGUCACAUGGCCUCCCUGGGGGCACAGGAGGCUGAGAGAUGGUGGCGUUUGUUAGCUGGUCUCAUUGCCAUCCUGAAUGCAAAGUUUCUGUUAUAAAGAAACCAUGGCCAUCAGCAGGCAACUGGAGGUCUCUGCCAUGGGCCACCUGGCCAUUCUUUGUAAAGGUCGUAUUUGUCUUGGGCUGUAUUUUGGAUAUUUUGGCAUCUUUUGUGGUGCCCUUACGUGCUGGUUUUGCUGUGGUCUGCCCUUCAGGAAUAGCAGCUGUGCCAAACUGUCCUUGGCUGCUCCAACCUGGAGUCAGAGGUUGGAGAUUUCCACGGCUCCCUGUGGCUCCUGGGGGCCUCCUAAGAAAAUGUUUUAAUAAGGAAGUCCAAGGCUGAGACAGACACGCUCCUUUUUAGAGACACAUGGGAACUCGCUUCUGCUCACAGCUGGUAGCCACAGCUGCAAACUGCAGCCCAUGGAACGGAGACAGUGAAGGGCUGAUGGAUAAAUGAAAGAUGAUCAUGGACAGCAGAUGCAUAAAAGGCAUACGGGGAUAGUGUUAGGGCUGGAACCCCUCCCCCCAGUUCAAAUGUUGAACCUCUAACGCCUAAUACUUCAGAAUGAGACUACGUUUGAAGAUAAUGGUCUUCAGAGAGGUAAUUAACUUAAAAUAAGGUCAUCAGGGUGAGCCCUAAUCCAAAGGAUGGGUGUCCUAAUCAGAGGAGGAGAUUAGGACCCAGAUACACACACAGAGAGAGAGAGAGAGAGAGAGAGCGCCAGGUGAGGACACAAGGAGAAGACGGCCGUGUCCAAGCCAAGGUGAGAGGACUCAGGAAGAGACAGUCCUGUGCACCCCUUGGUCUGACUCCUGCCCCCAGAACUGUGAGAACAUAAAUGUCUGCUGUUUGAGCCACGCUGUCUGCAGGCAGUCAGCGAGCAUUCACUGAGGGCUUGCGGUAUUCCAGGCACCACGGGUACAAUGUGGGAUAAGACAGAGCACCUGCCCCCAGGUAGCUUGCAGUCAGGGAGGUAAAGGGUAGCGGGCAGCUCUAAUACCUGGAAACAGGUAUUAGACCUGCACUAGGCAUGUGUGGUUAUUGGACGGAAAAACUGUGGCCAUCACAAAUUGUGAUACGAUGUAAGUAAAAUACAUACUGACUCUCGAAGACUUGGCACAGAAAAAUAAUGUAAAACCUCAUUAGUAAUGGUUUUCUAUUGAUUAUGCAUUGAAAUGAUACUAUUUUGGGCGCAUUGGGUUAAAUAAAAUAUUUAAUUUGA